AUGUUCAAUUCGCUAUUAUUGCCUAGGCUAGCGUUCCAAGCACGAUCAACUACAUUCUUAUCAGUUUCCAACAUUUGCCUAAGAAGUGGCAUUUCCACACGCAAGUAUUCCACUCUGAAGCCGAAUGAUUUAAAUCCUAAGAAACCAAAAUUCACCGCAUCGGCAUGGACUAUUCCUAAUGCAUUGACCAUCUCAAGAAUAGCAACAGCACCACUUGUGGGUUACUGUAUCAUCACAAAUAGCAUAGUACCAGCGUUUUGCUUAUUCACCUAUUCAUGUGUGACGGACUUCUUGGAUGGAUAUAUCGCCAGGAAAUAUAAUAUCCGAUCAAUGGCCGGUACUAUUUUGGAUCCAAUUGCCGAUAAGUUCUUAAUGAUUGUUAGUACUGUAGCGUUGACAUUUCCACCGGGUCCACAAUUAAUUCCAUUAUGGAUUGCAUCACUCAUAUUGGGAAGAGAUAUUUUAUUAGGACUAAGUGCAAUAUAUUUUCGCUAUGCGUCGAUGAUAUAUGCUUACUCAAAAGUUUCAUGGGGAUCAUUUUGGAACAUCAUUAGCUAUCCUAGUGCAGAAGUUAGACCAACUAUGAUUUCAAAAGUGAACACGCUGUUACAGAUGGUGUAUUUGGGAUGGGCAGUUGUUCUCCUAAUGAUAGGAACUGAAGAUAAAGAUAAAGAUACAAAGGAACCACCUGCUAAUGGUUGGUUAUAUAAAGGCUUUACCUAUCUUGGCUACUUGGUAGGUACUACUACCGUGCUAAGUGGAGCUUCUUAUGUGUUUAAUAAGAAUACUGUGAAAUAUUUCAAAAGGAACCAGUGA